CAUGUGAACUCAGCCCGCCCCUUCAGCACUGUAGCAAGUAGAGAGCUUUGAUGCGCUGCUGUGGUUGCCAUCGUCUCUCGGAUGAUGGCGGCGACACCGAAUCCCUACCGUGGCGAAUUCGAAUAACAAUAAUUAAGUUAGAAACCUAUUAAAAUCGGAUUGUAACGUUGCAUAUUAGUACUAAGGCGUUCAACACAUACUGGUUUCGAAUAUUGAAGGAAACGGGUCCGGUAAGUGUUCAUUUGCGGCAGGGUUUUGCGAAUACGACUCCGCGAAAGGAAGAGGAACGCAAAUUUUGCAGGGGGAGAGUCUGGAUUCUCUUCUUUCUCCGCCAUUUUGUGACAACAAGAAGCAGAACACGAUAACCGACAGGUAGCUAACGUUAGCUGAACAUUUUUGGUAAAACAGUUUAAGGCGAUGCACAUUUUAUACAUUUAUUUGAGAUCAUCCUUAAAAAGCUCAGAAUGACAAAUGAGGAACCUCUUCCAAAGAAGGUUCGCCUCAGUGAAUCUGACAUGAAGACCCUGACCAGAGAGGAACUGUGUGUGAGGUGGAACCAACAUGAAGCCUAUGUCCAGAUCCUGGAGGCAAAAUAUGCUGAUCUGAAUUCGAACGAUGUGACUGGGCUGAAGGAGUCUGAGGAGAAGCUGAAGCAGCAGCAGCAGGAGGCGUCACGCAGGGAGAACAUCCUGGUCAUGCGGCUCGCUACCAAGGAGCAGGAAAUGCAAGAGUGUACAACCCAGAUCCAGUACCUCAAGCAAGUACAGCAACCCAGUGCCGCCCAACUGCGGUCAUCCAUGGUAGACCCGGCCAUCAACUUAUUUUUCCUCAAAAUGAAGGGUGAACUGGAACAGACUAAAGACAAACUGGAGCAGGCCCAAAAUGAACUGAGUGCCUGGAAAUUUACACCAGAUAGCCAGACGGGGAAGAAGCUAAUGGCCAAGUGCCGGAUGCUGAUCCAGGAGAACCAGGAGCUGGGGAGGCAGCUGUCCCAGGGACGUAUCGCACAGUUGGAGGCAGAGCUGGCCCUGCAGAAGAAGUACAGCGAGGAGCUCAAGAGCAGCCAAGACGAGUUGAACGAUUUCAUCAUCCAGCUGGAUGAGGAAGUAGAGGGCAUGCAGAGCACCAUCCUGGUCCUCCAGCAGCAGCUCAGGGAGACCCGUCAGCAGCUCUCCCAGAACCCAGCACAGGCUGCCUCUGCCGGGGCAGGCCCCAGCAGGACUUCACCCUCUGCCGAGCCCCCCAGCCAGCCCGAGCAGCCCUCCGCCCAAGCCGGGAAAGACUGCGGAAGGGUCUCCAACGGACCAAGCAAUGGCAGCUCAUCCUCCCUGAGGGAUGUGGCGACCACCCCCAGCCUGUACCGCGAGGUCAGCAGCACAGAGGAAGACUUUCCCCCGUCCCCCAUGGUCUCCAGCCCCGGUGAGGGCGAGACGAAACUCUCCAACCACUCAGAGGAUGCAGCGGGGGGCCAGACUGGUGGCAGUGCAGGGGGUACAGCAGCAGGGGGGUUCGGGAGCCAGCUGAGCACAGGGUAUGAGAGCGUGGACUCCCCGACGGGCAGCGAGACGUCCCUGACGCAGCACUCGAACGACACAGACUCCAACACCGACCCCCACGAAGACAAGUCUGCCCCGGUCGUCAAGGGCAACAGGACUGCGGGGUCGCGGCAGGCUCAGAACGGCCUGAGCGCGAGCGGUGGCACAGUUUUGUAAUGUACUUUAUAAUAACACGUCAUUUGUCUUUUUCUUUUUAUACGAGACACAAACGCAUAGUUGGUAACACAGAACUGCUGUCCAGAACUUUUUCUCCUCUCCUUUGCCUAUCGUGAUACCUCUUCCACAAGUUAAAGAAAAUAAUUGCAUUGCUAAACAGGAACACGUGAAAUUAAUUAAUGUAUGUGCAUAUGACUUGAGUUUUGUAUGAUUCAAGCUAGAUCUUUUUUUUCUUUGGUCUCUUGGUUAUUUGAACAUGUAGAUCGAUAACAUUCUUGUUUGAACUCUUGACAAACUCAAGUGAUCAAGCAUCUGGUGUUGUAGUCAUGCUCAAUAAAAGUCAAACCACAGUUCACUUUAGUAGCUUUGCAAUGUUAAAGGAUGUUAUCUUUUAGAUGUUGACUUUUAUUUUUUUUAAAUCCUUGGCAAAAUACAUUUCUGUUUGACAAUGUGUGUAGUUUCUACGCGAUGUACCUUGUUGAAUUCAUUAUUCUGACUUCCAUCCUUCUCAUGUACUGACCAAAUAUCAAUAAAGACUUUUAAUAUGAUA